UUAUUUCUAAGAUUAAGAUUCAUCUGUUUCUAAAUUUUUUAUACAAUGCACUAUUCACGAAAAAUGAGAUCGCAAACACUCCCUAUCAGAAUAUAUAAAAACGCCACUAGAUCCCCAAGAAAUUGUCGCCAACAGCAGCGAUAAAAGAACAAUUUUAACCAUUUGUCCAUACUAUAUGUGACGUCAGAAAAAAGGGAAAAAAAUCAGUAUCACCCCCCGAUCAAAACAUCUGAUCCACCUUAUCCCAGAUGAAGAGUGAAGAUGGACUCCAAAAGAAAAGCAGGAGUUUUCUGCUGAAAUUUUGUAAAAAGGAUGGCUCAUUUGCACGACAAGGAUCUUACCCCGACAACACAUUGUUUUUCAGAUAGAACACCUUAUUACAGACCACAACAACCAAUCAAAAGGCACAUCAUAUCAAAUCAUAACGCCAUGUUCCCACCGCUGAAUGAAAAUCUGAUCCACCGGCACAUGAACUCGAUGGGCAAGCACAUAUGUGAUAGCGGUGACCACUUAAAACACGACAUGAUUUAUGGUGUUCAUCCAAACGUUCAUCACCCUCAAGCAUCCCACAUGGACACCCUAGAAAUGAUGGAACCUUUAUGCUCUCCUUCCCUUCCCCCUGUAGCACACGAUUCUCAAGGAACGUUCUAUUCCUCUCCAUCCUCUUGCCGUCCUCCCCUGAUCAAAGAAGAUCUGGAAGCAUUUGCAGAGAGAUUCAAGCAGAGGCGGAUCAAGAUGGGGGUGACGCAGGCGGAUGUUGGUAGAGCCCUUGUCAACCUCAAGUUACCCGGUGUGGGUACACUUUCGCAAAGUACGAUUUGCAGGUUCGAAUCCUUGACCCUCUCCAGAAACAAUAUGGUUGCGUUGAAACCGGUGCUACAAUCGUGGCUAGAAGCUGCAGAGAUGCACAAUGGGAAGAGGGUGCUCCCAGACAAAAAGAGGAAGAGGACAUCGAUCGCAGCCAUUGAGAAGCGAUCCCUAGAGGCCUAUUUCGCUCUUCAGCAAAGACCGAGCAGCGAUAAGAUUGCCUCCAUUGCUCAGAAACUCGAUCUCAAGAAGAGCGUGGUCAGAGUGUGGUUUUGCAAUCAGAGACAGAAACAGAAGAGGAUGAAGUACUCAACCUGUCACAAUUCAUGAACAUUUUUGAGUGAAAUUUUUAAGUCUAUAUCUUUUCAUUUUUUUACGAGAAUUAUUAUUCAUUUUCCUUGAAAUGCAUUCUUGUACAUAUUGUAUUAUGAUCACUGA